GGGACGUGAGUGGCAGCCAUUGAUCUGAGCCAACCUUAUCAUCGUCGACUCGCAGGAAUAAGGGUUUGUCCAAUUGACACAUAGCCAUAGCACUAAGUUGAAGAAGAGCAAGUGCUAGGAGAGAGAAACAUGGGUAGAGUAUUUUUGGUCGAGCUUGAUGGAAGGUCCUAUAGAUGCAAGUUCUGUAGAGCCCACUUUGCUCUCCUUGAUGAUCUUGUCUCCAGGAAUUUCCAUUCUCGUCGGGGAAAGGCAUACCUCUUCAAUAAUGCGUAAGAUGCUUUGCUUUUGAUGCCUAAAUUCUGCAUGAGAGAGAUUUCUUCUAUGGAUGUCUACAUCUAUGGGUUCUUCUUGUUGUUCCUUUUCUCAACUGGAAUUAGGUGGUAUAUUUUUUUCCCGUACUAUGGAAUGUGAAAGGAGUAAGAAAAUAUUCUCUUCUUGGAACUUUAUUUUUGCUUGUAAAAUUGUUAAUGCUAUAAAUCAUAUGAAACCUGUUGGUUAGACAACUUUCUUCCAGUGAUAUCAAUUAGGACUCGGUUUUGGUUAUAUCAAGAAGACAAUUUAUGCUUGUCUGCAUUAUAUAACCAAAUGUCAGUGCAUGGAAGAUGACUAAUUUUAAAAAUUAAAAAUAUAUUUGAUUUUUAAGUUGUUACUAGUCAAACUCAUAUGGUAAAUGACCUCCUCUAAAGUGUUUUUUUAAGUAUAUACGUACUUUCUGUAGUGAAAAGUGGGUAGACUUAAAUGCUGGAUAAGGAAAAAGAUAACUGUUUCUGUUAUGCUGAUAAGAAAACUCGUAAUGUUUCUAACUCAUAUAAGCAAGUUUUUCUAGCAAUAUCCUUUUCGUCAUUUGAUUGAUUGAAAAACCUAUAAAAUCCUAUUUUAUUUGAAUUUGAGGCUUGUCGUCAUUCUAAUUUCUUGGACCUUAUAAAUUCAUAGACUGAAAUCUGUAGAUGUUUAAUCUUGCAUCUUUUUUCUCGUUAACCUGGCUCAUUGGUCAGUUGUUCUAUUUUCUCUGUUUAAAGUGAUUAUGGAGACUGGUGCAGUUUUGAUCUGGAUUAAAAUCUGAAUACAGUCCAUGAAUGUUAUGCUGCUGCUGUAUAUCAUUAUCGUUCUGACAUAAUUGAACUCUUGAUUUACAAUUAUAAACUACAUAAGGGGUGGAAGUUGUCAAGUUGCCCUAAAAAAUUGCACGCUUAGCUGUUGAAUGCAGGUAUGUUUGGAAUCACAACAGUAACAACUUUUUCUUG